AUGACUCAGUCAAAUAAAGCCCUGCCAACGAAAUAUAAAAGGGAAGAAAAUUGCCAACGUGGUUUAUGGACUAAAAAUCAACUCGAAUCAGCCAUACAUGCCGUAAGAAAUGAAAAAAUGGAGGUCAAUGCUGGCGCCAGGAAUUUUGAAGUGCCGGCACCUACAUUAAGAAGAAUAAUGAAAAGUAACAAUAAAAGAAAAAGUGCAUUGGGAGCAAGUAGUGUUCUCAGCGAAGAAAGAAAAAAGAAGAAAGCUGGUUUUGCACCUACAACAUCUGAAGUUAGAGAAAUGGCUUUCAGAUUAGCAAAAGAAUUAAAAAUUAAAACUACUUUUAAUAAAGAAAAAAAACUAACAGAUUUUGACUGA